AUGGUAGCACUGUAGCAGUAGUAUUCGUAGCAGUCUUCGCUCACGUCACGUUGCGAAGCAUCAUGGCGCCUUCCCGAUACGAGUGAUUAUUAGAGUACGAAUAGCACGAAUAAUACGAUGCGUUGAGAGGCUCCGGCGAUUACACAAGAUCAAGUGAUCAACUUAAGUUCCAAAAUUGAAAAGUAAAACUAAAUCACUCCUGAUCGACCGCGUUCACUGCAAGAUCACUCAACGGACACUUUAAUAGCUGUAAGAUGCCAGUGGUACCUGGAGGAGCCUAUCAGCAAGGACCAUCUUGCUUCGAUAGAAUGAAAUUAGGUUUCACAAUUGGAUUUUGUGUGGGGAUGGCUUCUGGCGCACUUUUUGGAGGAUUUUCUGCCCUCAGAUACGGUUUGAGGGGGAGAGAACUGUUAAACAACGUCGGCAAAGUGAUGCUUCAAGGUGGCGGCACGUUUGGCACAUUUAUGGCUAUUGGAACAGGGAUACGAUGCUAGUGCACGGAGUUACCAUAGAGUUAUCUUACAGUCUUUUUUUGUUACAACUGUUUGCAUUGUAUUAUAUAAUCGCGAAUCAUUAAGUCUUUAAUAAAAAUAGCAUUAAGGAGAAUGAA